UCUGCCUCUCUCAGUUUCCUUCCUGGAUUACAGCUGCAGCUGCCGGCCUGGGCUGGGGAGUAACUGACUGCUCCUUCCUUUGUCCACUUCUUUCCUCUCCUCUACUCUCCUCGCCUCUCUGCUUCUCUCCAUUCCCCUCAGAAAGAUGUGUUCUCUAGGGUUCGCCCGCUCCCUGGGCUUCGCCCUCCUCCCGCUGGCCACCUGCUGCAUAGUGGCCAACGUGCUGCUCUUCUUCCCUGAUGGACAGAUGGAUUUUGUGAAGGAUAACCGCUUGACCAAGUACGUGUGGUACUUCAUGGGAGUCGGAGGUGGAGGAGUAGCUGUAUUCAUUCCUGCCAUUACUUUUCUAACCAUGGGAAAAUGUGCAAACUCCUGUGGGACGGAGAGCUGUGCGAUGUGUGGUUCCGUGCUGGCGUCUCUUAUUGGACUUGCUGGUUCUGGAUACUGUUUUAUCAUCUCAGCCGUUGCCUUGCUGGAGGGGCCGUUCUGCUUCACCUCGUUGGGAUGGAGAUCUCCAUUCGAGAGUGAGGGGCCGAAGUACUUGUUUGCCAGAGACAGCUGGUCUGAAUGCAUACAGCCGGGUCAUAUUGUGGAGUGGAAUGUGACGUUGCUCUCCAUCCUGCUCGGCCUCAGCACCCUGGAGUUCCUCAUCUGCAUCGUCCAGAUCAUCAGCGGGCUGAUCAACGCGGUGUGCAGGCCCUGCUGCUAUAAGCAGGAGUACAGCCUGAAUGCUUGAAGAUACAAAACCAAACCGUGCAAGAUCCAGUAUCCCCUAAAAAACACCAGCGUUCUAAAGCUGGACUGUUGGAUUUUAGAUCAUUCAGAAACAGAACUGACAGACUGCACUGUGACUAUCUAGAGCCUGUCGGUAAUUACACUGUAACCAAUUGCUGUAUUUAUUUUUACACUAAAUCAUACAGUAAAAUGUUUUAUUGCAAAACUAUAGAAAGUGAUGCAUUUAGGGAUGCCAUAUGUAUACAGUGCUUUCAGUUUGUUUGGGCACAGUGCGCACAAAAAAACGUUUUUCUCAAAUUUUUCCCAUUUUCUCCCAAUUUACACGGCCAAUUACCCAAUCCACUCAUUAGGACUCCCCCUAUCACUAGUGAUGCCCCAAUAUCACGAACGUGAAGUCAGACUCCGCCUCUUUUUGAACUGCUGCUGGUGCAGCAUUACCGAGUAGCAUCACAGUGCACUCGGAGCACAUUCGGUUCUGAUACAUCAGCUCACAGACGCAGCCUUGUGCUGAUCAACAUCACCCUAGGAGUGACCCUAGGAGAGCAAGGCCAAAUAUGCUCCCUCAGGGCAAUUUCUUGCUCAUAGUGGCAGCGUUCGCCCCAUGUUUUGAGCAAAUAUUACCUAAAUUGAACAGCUUAAAAGACAUUUCUUUUCUUUCGUUAAGUUAAAUCUUUAGUCCCUGACAUCCUUUAAUUGCAUAAUUGAUGUGUCCUCCCACCCCUAACUCACCGUUAGUGUCUUAGUGCCAGCCUGAAUACCUUCCUUAGAUAUUUAGUUAUAUACUGUCCAGUGGCUAAAUGCCUGCCCUACAGGUUACCAUUUUCUGUGCUGUAAAUUUGUUAUGUGCUGUAAAUGUGUUUCUACAGCCAGUAUAUUAGUGUUAAUUUACAGUGCAAUUCUGUAUAGUACUUUUUAUUGGCAAAUACAGGACGCAAAAGUUAAAUUGCAUAUGUUUUUGUAAAGAUAAAAUUUUAUUUAUGCCAAAAUUUACCAAAAAAGUGUUAAAUUACUAUUCGUAUUAUACAGUAAUAUGCUGUAAUCUUUCUACAGAGUAAAAUACUGUAAUCUUUCAUUUCAUUUAUUGCAUCAACUGUUAUAAGCAACUAUUUUGCCAUUAAUUUGCAUUAAUUUACAUUGUACAAGCACAAGUACUCCAACCCAGUGUUUAUCAGGUAUUUGUGGGGGAAUGUUAUAUGGGACUGAAGAACCUGUAUUACUAUUAGUAUUAUUAUUAUUAAAGCUUGUCCACUCAUCAAUCUAAUACCACCCUCUUAUAAUCCUUCAGUAUAAUAAUAUCUGUAUAGAAUCCCCACUCACUGAGACACCGAAAAUGUAGGUGUACAUCAAAAGAAGUUAAAUAUUUCAAAUGUAUUUUUUAUCGUACGCUAUUCUGCCUUCAACAUGCAUGUUUUUUUCAGGAACAAAUGUAUUUUUAUGAAGUAUGUUUGUUUUGUGUAAGUGUUUGGAGAAAAUUAUACUGUAAAUUAUUUUGUAAUCUUUGAGAGAAAUGGUCAGAAAGUAAAGUCAGAAUGUUGUUUUCUGUGUAUUUUUAUAAUUUGCUGGUUAAAAAAAAGAAUAAAUGUAUUACAUUUUAGAUAGUAA